AUGGCGCUGGCGAAACGACCGAGGGCGCUCCUCUUCGACGUCGGAGGCGUCUGCGUAAUAUCACCAUUCCAGGCUAUCCUGGACUAUGAAAAGGCCAACAACCUACCUAUCGGAUGGAUUAACUACAGCAUACAGCAUACUUCUCCAGACGGCGCAUGGCAUCGACUAGAGCGAGGAGAGGUCCAGCUUGACGCAGACUGGUUCAAGUCGUUUAACAGCGACUUCCGACAUACGCAUCUAUGGAAGCAAUUCAACGCCCAGUCACCUACUAGUACGAAGGAGAAACAUCCUGACCUCCCACAGGUCGAUGCCGAGUACGUCUUUUGGGAGAUGAUGCGAGUUGCGCAAAGUCCAGAUCCCUACAUGUUCCCUGCUCUACAGCGACUAAAGGACUCCGGCCACUUCAUCAUGGGCGCUCUAUCGAAUACCACCAUCAUACCGGACGAGAGCAAUCUAGGCAAGAACUCGGCAGCUGAGGACGUGAAGCAGUUCUUCGACUUUUUCAUCUCCAGCGCACAUACGGGGCUACGGAAACCGGACCCCAGGAUCUACGCACUCGCUAUGAAGGAGAUCAAUCAGGCUGCGAGGGAGAAAGGGGUGCAGGGGGAGAUACGGCCGGAGGAGGUGGUGUUUUUGGAUGAUAUCGGGGUGAACUUGAAGUGGGCGAGGAAGUCGGGCAUGGAGACGAUCAAGGUCGACCUGGGACGUACGCAGGAGGCCGUGAGAGAGCUGGAGAAGCAUUUCCUCCCACCACGCCAACCGCCAACACAACAACGAACGCACCAAGUCGUCCGUCGAGCAGCCAGCAAGAUGCCUUUCACCAAGCUUGUCAAGAACCGCCCAUACUUCAGUCGUUUCCAGACGAAGUUCAAGCGUCGUCGUCAGGGUAAAACCGACUACUAUGCCCGUAAGCGCUUGAUCACCCAGGCCAAGAACAAGUACAACUCGCCCAAGUACCGCCUGGUCGUCCGCUUCACCAACCGUGACAUCAUCACCCAGAUCGUCACUGCUGAGAUCUCCGGCGACAAGGUCUUCGCCUGUGCCUACGCCCACGAACUCAAGCGUUAUGGCAUCAAGAACGGUCUCACCAACUGGUCUGCCGCUUACGCCACCGGUCUCCUCCUCGCCCGCCGCACCUUGAAGAAGCUCGGCCUCGACGAGGACUUUGCCGGUGUCGAGGAGCCAGAGGGUGAAUACACCCUCACCGAGGCCGCCGAGACCGACGAUGGCACUCGCCGUCCCUUCAAGGCCGUCCUCGACGUUGGUCUUCACCGUACUUCCACCGGUGCCCGUGUCUUCGCUGCCAUGAAGGGUGCCUCUGACGGUGGUAUCUUCGUCCCCCACUCUGAGAACCGUUUCCCCGGAUACGACAUUGAGGGCAAGGAGCUCGACGCCGAGACUCUCCGCAAGUACAUCUUCGGUGGCCACGUUGCCGAGUACAUGGAGGGUCUUGCCGAUGACGACGAGGAGCGCUACCAGGGUCAGUUCUGCAAGUACAUCGAGAACGACCUCGAUGCCGGUGAGCUCGAGGAGAUGUACACCAACGCCCACGCUGCCAUCCGCGAGGACCCCUUCAAGAAGGACGAGGAGGCUGGCCCCAAGAAGAGCAAGGCCGAAUGGAAGGCCGAGAGCUUGAAUAUAUCAUCUGGCGUAAGAGAGUUAAAUGGUCACAUGAGUGUUUGGUCAAAGGAGACGCCCAAACAUAUCAACAUCAGGCAUCAGCAAGCCCAAAGGCCAUCAGCCAUGAGAGACAACGAUGGCCCCAAGUUGAUCGGCCUUGGUCGGACUGGACGUGUGAUGCGUACUGGAAACAUUGCUGUGAAGACUGCCAAUAUUUGGCCUGUGUCUGAGGACGCGUCCGAGAUAGCAAGAAUCUCCUCCCUACAGAUGAAUGAGGCGAACAGAGAGUCCCUCAAGCAUGAAGGGCUGGUGUAUCGCCAUCUGGGGCACGUACAGGGCGUUAUAACACCCUGCCGGAUCUCUGACACCGAGAUUCAGAUGCCAUAUCUACGUCAGGGGCCCCUUAGCAGCUAUCUGCGCGCUCAUAAUGAUAGCCUGGACGACGCUCAACGACUACGAUGGCUUCGUGAAGCUGCAGAUAUCGUCCGUCGAGUGCACGAGCGGCGGGUGCUGGUUACUGAUAUCGCGGCGCGAAAUUUCCUGCUUGAUGAGAAUCUUUCCCUCCAGAUGUGCGAUUUCACCGAGUCUGUGAUAGUGUCGAACGAUGAGGACAUGGCCAGCUAUACGUCCGAGGACUUUAUUUCAGUCAAGUUCGACAUCGCGCGUUUCGGUUCGAUGAUGUAUGAGGUCAUCUCCGGACGUCGAUAUGAAUUCUACGUUAUACCCGAUAUCGAGACUGAUAUUGAUGACGACCCCGAGUCCAAGACCUUCAAGGUGUGGCCAACAGCUGAGAAGUUUCCGAACACGGAUGAUGUAUUCUUGGGUGAAAUCAUCAGGAAUUGUUGGCUCGGGGAUGGCUUUCUCACCAUGCAGGAAGUUUGUCGCGCCUUGGACAAUGAAUCGCGGCCAAAGGCUUCUAAGGACGAUUCGACUGGCAGUAUCUACUAUGCUUAG